UGCUUUUCCGUCGCGUGCUGAUGAUGUCAUACAACUGGGAAACGCGACGGUCUCUGCUAAACGCAAAACAGCUGAAGUCAAGAAUUGUAGUUAAUACGUUUCAUUUAGUCUAAUUUAACCACUCGUUUUACCGAAUAACACUUUUAGUUAAUAUAUUAAGAAGCGGUGAGUGGGUGGACAGCGACGUUUAAAAAUGUCGUACAUGCUACCGCAUCUCCAUAAUGGCUGGCAGGUCGACCAAGCCAUCCUCUCUGAGGAGGACCGAGUGCUCGUGAUCCGUUUCGGACACGACUGGGAUCCGACGUGUAUGAAAAUGGACGAAGUUCUCUACAGCAUCGCCGAAAAGGUGAAAAACUUUGCAGUCAUCUACCUGGUGGAUAUCACAGAAGUGCCCGAUUUCAACAAGAUGUACGAGUUGUACGACCCGUGCACUGUUAUGUUCUUUUUCAGGAACAAGCACAUCAUGAUUGAUUUGGGCACUGGCAACAACAACAAGAUCAAUUGGACGAUGGAAGACAAGCAGGAGAUGAUAGACAUUGUUGAGACGGUCUACCGAGGCGCAAGGAAAGGACGAGGUCUAGUGGUCUCGCCUAAAGAUUAUUCUACAAAAUACAGAUAUUGAUUUUUGCUCUUUUUUUGUAUUUUGUUACUCCCUUGACAUGUGUUGCAUUUUGUUUAGUUUCAUUAAAGUUUUUCAUUUAUUUCCACUAUAAAGACUUGUUGCCUGAUUCAUAACAUCAAGGUUUUAUUUGCCGUAAUAAACACGGAUGUAAAUGGAA